AUGGCCAAGGAUAAGGAGCGAAAUGUGAACCCCGCACAGGCGCAGCGGAAGUUGGAGAAGCAGAAGGCGCUGAAAAAAGGGAAGGCGGAGGCGGCAGCACGCCGCAAUGAGAAGCUCGCGCGCCGCAACCCAGAGCGGAUUCAGCGACAGAUCAAUGAUCUCAAGGCGGUCGAGGAAUCCGGCCAGUCACUACGCCCGCGAGACAAACAGGUUCUGGAAGAAUUAGAACGCGAUCUCCGCGCGGUACACAAAGCACGAGAGGCCCUCGGCGACAAAGCACCUCAUUUUGGGCGACAACCACAAUAUCAAAAUCGAGACAAUGCUGUGCUAGGCAAAAGGAGGAGAGACGAGCAACGAUGGAAAGAGGAAAGCGAGAGCAGCGACACAGAUGAAAGUGUUCGCAAUAUCCCGAUGCCUCGAGAUACUCCGCCUCCGAUACCCCGCCGACAUCGCAGACGGGAUGAUGAAGGCGAAUCCGGUCAACGGCAAGCACAUCCUUUGCCUAGCAAACCAGAGGCUGUACAUCAACCCAAGACCGUUUAUGAAUCUGCCCCAGUGAUUAGGGAUCUGAGGCAAGAGGCUGUUAGCAAGUUUGUGCCAGCAGCUGUUCGAAGGCAACAGGACGCUGUUAAGGGUCGAGGGAAACUUGUUGAACCAGAAGAAAUGGAUCGCCUAGAAAAGGCAGGCUACUUGCAAUCCUCUAAUGCCCUCGGACAAGCUUCAGAAGAAGCCGAACAAGACGUAGACGAGGUGUUAAAACAAAUUGAAGCGGAAACUCGAAGACCACCACAACACAAUGUGGAGAUCGAAGAGGUUCCUGACGAAGAUCUUUAG